AUGCUAGAGGCUCUCAUUAGAUAUGCCCAACAUGCUACUAUCGCCAAGCUCAUUCAAAAUGAACUUGACGCUGAACGUAAGAAAGUAGCCUUGCUUCACCAACAAGGCUCUCAACAAGCAGAGUUGUUGAGAGAACAGGGUGCUCAACAGUUUGAACUGUUGAGACAGCAGCAGGCUGCUGCUGGUGGGUCGGUGCACUCGCGUCGACCCGAAACCUUGAAGAUUGACAUCUCCAAGUAUAGGGGAGUCGAAGAGGACUCCCUCUUGAGAUGGUUCGUCGAAUUGGAUGACGCCACAAGGGCGCGUCGCAUCGACGAUGGGGAUAUGCAAGUUGCAUUUGCCCAGUCAAAUCUGGCAGGACGUGCCAAGACUUGGGCACUGGGGCUCAAGUUGCACGACCCAUAUGCGUUUGGGUCGUUGGAAGUCUUCAAGUCGCGGCCCGGACAAACGUUUGAACCGCCUAGAGCUGAGUUCAGAGCUCGAACCGAGCUCUUGAAGCUCAAGCAGGGUAAGCGUGAUGUGCACGCUUACGCGCAACAUAUACGAAAUCUCACGAGUUGUAUAAGUUCCAACCCGGUUGAUGAACACACGUUGGCUUCGGUGUUCAUGCAGGGUCUUGCGGAUGGUCCCGUCAAGACUCACCCGUUCCGACUCGAGCUAGAUUCACUAGAACAAGCCAUUUCCAUUGCGGAGCAGGAAGACUUCAGUCUGAGACAGGCUCGCGCCAGCUCGACAUCAUAUCGUCAACCGAGACGAUAUGACAGCGGAGGUCCAGAGCCGAUGGAAACUCUGUUAUGUAGAGAGCGAGAAGGCUCGCUCUACAGACUACAAGAAGUUGCAGAAAUGCAAUAG